GCCUGGACACUUCAAAGAACACUGGACCACAAAUCUUUCCAAAUGAAAAAAUUGUAGAGGAAGGCUCUGACAUCACUCUUUGUUGCAUUGGAAGGAAAGGUCAUAUCAUUAAGGAAUUCUUUCUAAUCCCAGCUGUACAUGUUUUCAAUCACACAAACAGUCAAGUCGGACUUCUCACUGUGAAAAAUGUGUCUCAUCAAGGAGUGCCUCACAUCACGGUCUACUGUCAAGAGUCCUGCAGUGAAGAGCAAUGCUAUGAUCAUGCAGUUUUCUUUGUGGGUAAACCACCUGAUGCACCCAAGGAUUUUUCCUGCGAAACUCAAGACAUAAGAAGAGUAACAUGUACUUGGAGCCGAGGAAGAGACACCUAUCUUUAUGGACGUCAUUCACCAAAAUACACCUUGUCUGAAGGGUUUUCCCAAAAACUGGUUCUAUGCACAGUAAGCUGUUCUGAGCGGUGCUCGUGUUCUUGGGAUAUAGGCCAGCAGAGGAUCUGGAAUAUCACAGUGACUGUGGAAAAUCCACUGGGAAAGAAAACUGCCACGGAUGUUUUUGAUGUAACUCACAGAAUUUAUCCUGCUGCACCUUUCCAGCUGUGGGAAGAAUGCACAGAUACAGAAAUCACGUUAUAUUGGAAACAUCAAAACAAAGGAAUUGAACUCUUUUGUCAGACUGAAGUGCUCCAACCUGAUGGGAAAGUAGAACUGCGUAACAGUUCAGACAGGCAUCUCCAUUAUGCCAGCAUCACCCUGGCUGGGCUGCAGCCAUACAGUGAAUACACAGCUAGAGUACGCUGUGGGGCAGCUAAGCAUUUCUGGAGGUGGAGUGAAUGGAGCGAAGCCAGAACCAUCAGAACAAAGGAAGCAGCUCCAUCAGGGAAACUGGACAUCUGGAGAGAAAUCACACCAGUUUUACAGGGGCGAAAUGUGACCUUGUUCUGGAAGCAAGCACCAAGUUUUCGAGCAAACGGAAGAAGUAUUUCAUACGAAGUAAAUUGGGAAAAAGCAGAAGAUGGCUCUAAUCCUGAAAGCAUCUCCUUUUCAUCAGUCCAGAAUAGCACAAGGAUUUCCAUUGAUGACCAUUCCUACAGAAUCAGUGUCACGGCGAAGAACAAUGUUAAUUAUUCACUUCCUUCAGUAUUGAUCAUCCCUAGAGCUACAGGCACUGAAGUAGAGCUCGGUGGUUCAGAGCUUAAAGAAGAACAGGUUAAUGGUACAGAUGAUGGCAUUUUUAUUUCCUGGAAGCCCAGAGACAUAUAUGACAGUUACAUUGUCGACUGGUGUAACUUUCCGAUGUUGCAGCCUUGUGAUCUGCAGUGGAAAAGAUUUGGGCCCAACAUUUCCCGUGCCUUGAUCAACUCAG